AUGACUUUGUCUGAAGAUUUAAGUGCAGAUAAUUUAGAUUCAGAUUCUUUAAAACCAGUAUAUAAUUUAAUUGAACUGGGAUUAGAAGAAUAUGAAGACAAUAAAUUAGUUCUUAACACAGUUCAUGAUCUAAUACAAUUUUUUAAAAAAUAUUCAAACUUUUUUCAAAUAAGAGGAUUAGAAAAAUCAGAACUUGUAUUAUUUUUAAAAGCACAAUUAAUGGCCUUUGAAAUUAAUAAUAAAAACGUAGAAUCUCAAAGACAAAAUUAUAGAUAUAACUAUAAUGCAUCUUUAUUACUUUGUAAACCAGUAUUUCUAAAGCUUUGUGGAAUAAAUAAUCAUUUUCUUUUAGCAAUUCAAAAACAUUUACAAGAGAAUGGGCUAACUGAAAGAACUCAUAGAAAUACUGGAUGUAUAUUUAAAUUAAAAAGUAAAGUAUAUCUUGAUUCUAGUAUUACAUUUUCAGUUAAAUGUUUUUUAAAACAGUAUGGAAAUAUUAAUGGACUUCCAUCUCCUAUGAGAUAUAAAAAUGAAUCAGAACCAUUUAUUUAUUUACCUACUGGAAAUAUAUAUACUUCAGUUUAUAAUGAAUUCAAAUAUUUUUAUAAAGAAAAUGGUGAAAAUACAAAAGUUAUUUUCUAUUUUACAUUUAGAAGACUUUGGUAUGAAAUAAUUCCUUAUCUCAAAUUUCAACCACCUGCAAGUGAUCUUUGUGAAGUAUAUCAAAAUCAUAGAGUUAAUACAAUAAGCAAUAUUGAACAUGUUAUUAAUAAUUCUUCAAAAGGAAACAACCCAAUUUUAUAUAAUAAUGAAUUAGGUUGGACUUGUAGUUUAUCUACAGAUAUUGGAAAAGUUUAUGCAUCAACUGAAUCAGGCAGAUCAGAAAUUUCAUUUCAACUAUUAUGCAAGAAUAAUUUUGAUAUUAAUACUACACUAAAAACUAUUCUAAUUAAAUUAUUAGCAAAAGAAAGAAAAUACUAUUUAUUUACAAAAAUUAGACAAUAUAUAGAUGACCCAUACAAAGAUGUAUAUUGUGCAAAUCUAGAAAAAACUAAAGAUGAAAAUAAAUAA